AUGUUCUUCCAGACCGCUCUGCUCGCUGCGCUCGCCUCCAGCGUUGCUUCACAUGCAACAUUCCAGGACUUCUGGGUCAACGGCGUCGACCAGGGAGCGUUCUGCGUGCGUUUGCCCUUGAGCAACAGCCCCGUCACGGACGUUACCUCUACCGAUCUUGCAUGCAACGCCAAUGCUCACGCUGCAUCCGGGAUUUGUCAAGUUAUGCCCGGAGACAGCGUCACAGUUGAGAUGCACCAACAAGCUGGUGACCGCUCGUGUGCGAACGAGGCCAUCGGUGGAGACCACUUCGGACCAGUUCAGGUCUAUAUGGCGAAGGUGGAUGACGCAACGACGGCGGUCGGAAGCUCGCAGAGCUGGUUCAAGGUCGGCGAGAUAGGUCUCCCCAGUAACAACCCCGACUACUGGGGAACCGAAGUCCUCAACGACAACUGCGGCCAUUUCACUGUCACCGUCCCCAAGGACAUCGCCCCCGGAAACUACCUUCUUCGCGCCGAGGUCAUCGCCCUCCAUGUUGCAAGCUCCGUCGGCGGUGCGCAGUUCUACAUGAGCUGCAUCCAAAUCAAUGUCGGUGGUAGCGGUACCGCGAAGCCCUCUGGUGUCAAGAUCCCCGGCGUGUACUCCGCGUCCGACCCCGGCAUCCUCAUCAACAUCCACCAGACCCUUGCGUCCUACACAAUUCCCGGCCCGACCCCCUACAACUCGCCCUCGCCCGUUCCCGUCGCAACGCCUUGGCCUACGACUGCUACCUGGAACACCGCGACUCAGCCGUCGACCGUCCCCGCACUCCCGCCCGGCUCGACCUCUGCUGCUGCUCCGCCGAGCCAAACCAGCGGUGCCGCUGGUGCUGCCCAGACUGCUUACGGCCAAUGCGGUGGUACGGGCUGGACUGGCCCGACGGCGUGCGCUUCCGGUUUCAAGUGCAACGCGCAGUCGCAGUACUACGCCCAGUGUGUCCCAGCCUGA